UUUUGCUGCCCCUCGCAGGCACACUAGUGUGAUUGCUGGUGGGUGUGUGCUGCAGCUGCCCCGCCCCGCCCUGCCUGUGUAUGUAUAUAAACACAGUGGAGUGGAUUUCUGCAGAGCAGUUAGAGAGAGAGAGGCCUUGCUCUUGCUUUCCCUCUCUAAACCACUGUUUAUUAGUUGUUGACCUCAAGAGCUAGAGGAAGUGGUGGUGGUAGAUAUAUCAUCAUAUAUGGCACUGGCUGCCGAGCACAGUGCAGGGUUUGUUGGAGCCUAGUGUUGCCUGGGAAGAAGCCAUUCCUUCAUCUUGGAUCAUUUCCCCUCCUCCUGGUUCUGAGUUCUGAGCUCUCUGUCCUCCAACGAUCUCUCUUCUUUCUUGGGAGGGGACCGGCCAAGAAAUGGAGGUGGAGGCGCAGGAGAAGGGGCACAGAGCCUUCGCCAAGGCAAUCAAGUCUUUCAAUUCCUCGGAGAGGCACAAGCGUUCUAAGAGUGAUCUUGAGAAUAUGUUUGGUAAAGAUGCGCACUGCGCUUCAGACAAAACAUGUGUUCAGCCGAAGAAACAGGAAGGUGUGAAGGUUCAGGUCAAGAGUGGUUUCAGCAAGGAAGCGCAACCUGGGAGAGGGGCUCAAAACUCCUUGCGGAAAGAGAUUCUACAGCUCGAAAAGCACCUCAAGGAUCAGCAGGUUGUGCGUGGCGCCCUGGAAAAAGCUCUGGGGCCAAACGCUGCUCCGGUCAACCUGUCACACGAGAAUCCAAUGCCAAAGGCGGCUAACGAACUCAUAAGGGAGAUUGCCACGCUAGAGCUGGAGGUCAAGAACAUGGAGCAGUAUCUCCUCACCCUGUACCGGCAAGCGUUUGAGCAGCAAGCACCUGCAUUAUCUCCUCCUGAUCGCCGGGAGGCGCCGAAGCCUUCAGUGAGCUCGCGGUCCGGCCAACUCCGGGAAACACCCAAUGCCAAGGUUUCCUGCAUGAGUAGAGGGGACUCAAUGCUCCGGUCUAGCUACCCGCCGCCGCCGACCCGUAAGAAGUGGAAUGAUCCAGUGACAGAUUGCUCUACAUCUGCAUGCUUUGAUAGACCAAACGACUCUGAUGUGCUCCGCUGCCAGUCUGCGCUGUCGUAUCGUGGGGUACGUUCAUCUAGGAUAUCUCCAUCCGAGGAGAGUCUUGCGAGGGCUCUUCGGUCGUGCCAUUCUCAGCCUUUCUCAUUUUUGGAGGAAGGUGAUCCUACUGCAGCAGGAGUGAUAAGCUUAGCAGAGUAUCUGGGGACUAAUGUAGCUGACCACAUCCCUGAAACUCCGAACAACCUUUCAGAGGAGAUGGUGAGAUGCAUGGCAGGUGUCUACUGCAAACUUGCAGAUCCUCCAUUGGUUCACCACGGUUCCUCGUCUUCUCCAACAUCGUCGUUCUCCUCAACUAGUGCAAUUUCUCCACAGUAUGUGGGGGACAUGUGGAGCCCGAAUUACAAGCGAGAGUCGACGCUGGACUCCCGUUUGAUAAACCCAUUCCAUGUUGAGGGGCUGAAGGAGUUCAGUGGACCAUACAACACAAUGGUUGAGGUUCCAGCAAUUUGCCGCGAUAAUAGGAGGCUAAAAGAAGUUGAGGAUCUUCUCCAGACUUACAAGUUGAUUUUGUACCGGCUGGAAGCUGUUGAUCUGAGAAGAAUGACAGAUGAAGAGAAGAUUGCGUUCUGGGUUAACAUCCACAACGCCCUGCUGAUGCAUGCUUAUCUCAGGUAUGGCGUCCCACAGAACAAUCUGAAGAAGUCAUCACUGCUUGUUAAGGCUGCCUGCAAAAUUGCUGGACGCAACAUCAACGUAGCCGUAAUCCAGAGCUUAGUUCUUGGAUGCAACACACAUUGUCCUGGACAGUGGCUACGUACUCUGCUUUACCCAAGGAUCAAAAGCAAAGUGAGCAAAGUUGGGCAUGAGUGGCAAGCCUUUGCCGUUGCACAAUCAGAACCUCUUUUACGCUUUGCGCUUUGCUCGGGCAGCCAUUCUGAUCCCGCGGUGAGAGUGUACACUCCAAAGAGGCUGUUCCAACAGCUGGAGUCUGCCAAGGAAGAGUUCAUUCGUGCAACGGUCGGCGUCUGGAGAGGGCAGAAGAUACUACUGCCAAAGCUCGUCGAGGCGUACGCGAAGGAUGUGAAGCUCUCCUCGCAGGGCCUUGUUGACAUGGUGCAGCGGUACCUCCCGGAGAACCUGAGGAUGGCGAUGCAGAAGUGCCAGCAGCAGGGCAGUAGGUCAAGCAAGAUCAUAGAAUGGGUGCCUUACAACCUGAAUUUUCGGUAUCUGCUUACUAGGGAUCUGGCAUUUCCACACCUUAACUGACGGUGCAUGUACUGCUCUAGUGCAGUAGCAUGGGCGGUGCGAUGAGCUGAUCAAGUAUAUGCAUAUGUAUGAUAGGUUUAGGUUUAGCGGGUAAGUUAUUUUGGAUUCAGGGAUUAUGUAGGAUUUGCGUGCGGCGGGUAGUGGAGUAGUGUAUUUUGGUUGGCGCUGUAUAUUUUGUGUAGAU